AUGCCCCGAGUUUUUGUUACCGUCGGAACUACACGAUUUGAUGAAUUGAUCAAGGUCAUGAGUCAAGAGUCGGUCAUCCAAGCUUUGCAUGACCAUGGAUACUCUCAUCUCGUAAUGCAAAUCGGAACUGGUGAGGAACCAGAAAUCAACCAUACUUCCAUUCCAGCUGGAAUGAAGGUUGAAUUCUUUGGCAAGAAGGAUUCUAUUCAUGAUGAUGUACAACAAGCAGAUUUGAUCAUUAGUCAUGCUGGCUCUGGUAGUUUAUUUGAAUCAUUAAGAAUGGGAAAGAAGAUUAUUGCUGUUCCGAAUGAAAGUCUCAUGGGCAAUCACCAAACCGAGUUGGCCAACGCACUUGGUCAGGAUGGCAAUGUUAUUUCAGCACGAAUUCAUAAUUUGGAGCAGUUGAUUGUCGAACAAGGUGAUGAAUUAUUCACACAAAGACUCCAACAACUAAAACCAAUGCAAAAAGCCAAUACAAAGGCCUUUGCUGAUGUAGUGGAUGAUGAAAUGAUGAAUUAA